AUGACGGGGCGGAAGGUGACGCAGACGCCGCCCGCCGCGUCGCGCCCCGCCAACGCGUCCGUGGACUGGGAGCCCGUGCGGGACGGCUUCCAGGUGCGGCUCAGGAGCAAGGCGGGACACUUCCUCCGCGCCAACGGCGGGCUCCCGCCCUGGAGGAACUCCGUCACGCACGACGUGCCACACCGCAGCGCCACGCAGGACUGGGUGCUCUGGGACGUCGAGAUCGUGCAGCUCCUCACGCCAGCGCCGCCCGAGCGCACAGGCUCCGCUCCCGUCGCUAAGUUGCCGGACUCGCCGCCCGCGCCGGAGCUCAGCAAGCCGCCGCCGCAGACGCACGCGCCGCACCACCGCCCGUCCAAGUCCUACGCCGCGCCACCGCCACCGCCCACGCUGGAGCCCGAGGCGGCGGCGCCGCCGCCGCCCAAGCUCUCCAAGCUCGAGUCCUCUCUUUCUUUCCACGCUCCCUUGCACAAGGUUGAGGGACGUGCCAUCCAUUACCACAUUGCAGACGAUCUGGGCAAUGUGGAUGACGGCACAGUUGGACACUCCUUUACAUUCAAUGGCAGCAACUUGGAGGAGCUCGCCCACAAGUUGCAAGAGGAGACGGGCCUGGAAGACAUCAUCAUAUGCACACGCAGUCCUAUCAAUGGGAAGCUCACUCCUCUCCGUCUGCAGCUGCCACCGAACAAUGCAGCAAUGCAUAUCGUGCUCGUCCAGGAGUCCUCAAAAGUGUACAGCUGCUUGUUAGAACCCUUCACCAGUUUGUGA